AUGGAGUUUAUGGAUGCGGUUGGGGAGUUGCAAGCCCUCCCCAACGAUAUCCACCUCCUCUGUCCUCGACAGCAUGACGACGAUUUCUCGCGGUACGAUGACUUGACCGAACAAGAUGAGUCGGGAAAGAGCGUCGCACAGUUGGUUGAAGAGGCGAGAGCUCGCAGGGAAAAGUUCCUGUCCUGCAUGCAAAUACUGGCCUUCAACCAAGAUGGCGUCGCAGAGCUGCAGGAUUGGAUCUGGCGCAAGCUCGAUGAUGCCUUGGAAAGGUGCGAUCUUUGUAUCCAGGAAUACUAUAAAGGAAAGAUCUGGCUCGUGGAAAAACUGAAGGAAAACUACGACGAUGAGGACAUCGAGAAGUUCGCUCGGAUGCUGGAUGAAUGGGACAUCAAACGGAUAACGAGGAAUCUAACGACCGCUGCGGAGAAGCUUAAGGCACUUCCACCACAGGAAAUGAGUAUCCAUGCUCUCGAUACGGCCUCUUUGCUGUCGAUAUUCGAAACCCUGAGCUGUGAAGCCAUGCUGCGCAACGACCGGCUCCUGAAAGACUAUUUUGAUGUUCCCUUCAAGCUGGUCCAAACGAAGCGCCCUCUCAAAGUCUCCGAUUACAUUCCAGCCGUUACUUACUUCUUAUUCGACCCCGACCAAACUCGGAGCUUCUGGGCUAUUAGUGCUUGGUCGCGCUACCCUCGGCCCCCAACGACUGCGGAAUUCGAUUGGGCUGUGAAGGAAGGUCUGCUUCGCGCUCUUGCUGAGGCCUCCCAGCAACCACCAGACAUCGCUGUGGUGCAGCGUCUCUGGCGUGGAUUGCAGUUCAUAGUCAAGAGACUGGAUAAGGAGCAGAUCACCCAUAACCUGCGUGCUCUGGAUAUCGAUGCCUGUCGACUGUCAGUAGAACACCUCGCCAUCCCAUCUCCAGGGUUGCGCUUCCUCUUGAAUACCAUUCAAAUUCUACUCGAGAAGGCUCCCGGGGAUUUCUGGGAUGCCAUGCAAACCAUAUCCCCUCAGGCAAUCGUCGAACAGGUCUUUUACAACCCACAACUCGAGGCCUUCCUUAUGCAGGCCACCGAUGACGAACCAUAUGAUAAGUCUAUCCUAAAGGAGAUGUUGUCAUGGAUACAGCCAUUUAUGUCAUCGCUGAAGGGUGCUCACCAGCCAUCGGCUUGCCGUUUUCUUGUCUCUCAGCUUCUCAACAGAUUCCAAGAUCCUCGAUUCCCGAACAUCUCGCGGUAUCAUUGCUUCCGAACCGGUCUCACCGCACUUCUCCACACCCUCCGUACCUUCACCGAUCAUGAAUCAUCGAGAGGCUCUGUCGCACGUGUCGUUCUGUCUGAGACCCUUCAAAUCGUCAGUGACAACAUCAACCAAAUCCUUGAACCUCCAAUGUUUGCGGUUGAACCAGUUCAACAGCGCGAGAUAACUUCUUCGUGUAUGGAUGUCAUUAGGAACACUCUAGCCCUUGAGUGUCAAUCUCUUAAAACAGAUUAUGAAGUUAUUCUCCGACAGAAUACUCUUCAUCACGGCGUCAGUACUUAUUCACCUGCUAUUUGGGAUGCCGUCGUCGCGCACUUGCACGAAAGCAACGGGGGGUUGUCGACUGCUGCCCUUCUCGGUAUCCUCCCACUCGUUGGUUUGGAGAAGUUUCCCACGAAAGGCGAAGACAGCCGAGAAAAGACUCAUUUCAAUGUCAUCUAUGGACAUCUCACCCACUGGCCUGCCAAAUUAUCGAGCGGUUAG